AUCCGAAACUCCAUAAAUGGCCUCUUCCGUAUCCGACCCCACUCCGCCCGGGCUCCCGCCGCUACCGCCCGGACACGGAGAUUACUUCACCAAGACGCAGUGGACCGUGCUCAUGUCUCUGCUGGACGCUACCAUUCCUUCCAUUACAGCAGUCUCAAAUAAGAAAGAUGACAAGACGCAGCUCGGGAUUGCCGAUGCCGGAUUCAAUGAAAUCGUCAGCAAGGCACAAGCCAAAGUGAUAUCUGGCCGAACGUCCGUCCGAUGACCCGGCCUUCUGUUGUGCCGUGCGCCGGACCCUCGGCACCGUCUCCGCCCCGGAAUCAGCUCGGCGCCGUCUUAUUCGCUCUCUCGCAAGCCACCACCAAUCCGGUUAUCCAUUCAAAUUACAUGAGACCAAAACCCGGAAGUCACUUUUGAGUGUUGCCCCGGACUACCCCUUUUCCAUGAAUCCAGAUGUAAACAAAGCAAGACGAAACCAUGAGUCCUGAAGAAGGACGAGGUAUGCAGAAGAGAUGCGAGGUGGGAGAUACCCGCGGAGUUGGAUAUGUUUGUAUGAUAUGGUAUGUAUGAGUGAUGAUGGGUCCAUGGCUUUGAAGAUGAUGGGAAUAUUCAGAAAUAAAGUGGUGGUUUGGAAGGAAUUUCGCCGUCGUUUGUUUCUCUUUGACUAGUUGUUUGACUUGGGUUUAACAACUUGCGUUGCAAUGUCAGCAUUUACCAAGA